AUGCCUGCUUCCCGUCGCAAAAUCCCGAAGGCGUAUGGUCGCUUCUUCGACGCCCUGCAUGAGAGCGUCGAGCGCCUUGCCAACACACGUCUCCCGCGAGAGGCAAGGGGAGGCCAGGGUGAGGCGUCCAGCGAGCUUGAGGAAGCCGUCGACAACGCCUCUCGGUUGCACCCGUUGGUGACCCGCAAAUCUGAUAACCCCCAGCCGAUGAUGGUCGGAACUGGCGAGGCAUCUGUGCAUUUCCUGGACCUUCUGGUGUCUCCAGGGUUUCUCCAAGCUCUUAACCAUCUCACUGCCUCCGACAUUGGGCCUACGCUUCUGCCGCGUCUUCAGACCGAGCUCAAACCAUGGCAGGCCGUAGGCGUCACCAAGCUUCUGCAAUCGACCGAGUCCAUGUUCAAGGGAGCCUUACUUUGCGAUGAAGCCGGCACAGGCAAGUCUCUCACGGCACUGACAGCUGCUCUGAUCAAGCGAAAGCAGAUGCUACCACGCUGCGGGUUUGUCCUCGUUGUUUGUUCCCCUGAGGGUGUCCCUCGAUGGUGGUCUGAAAUCAGGAAGGACUUCAAGAAGGAUGAUCGGCCAUCUUGCGUCGUUCUUAACAGCACCGACAUCUGGUGUGAGCAGCUUUUGCAAUUUGAAGUUGUCAUCUGCUCUACCUCCUUUCUCAUAAAGACGUUUUUAAAUCGCCAGGAAUUCGUGUGCUUCUGCGACACAAUUCACGACUUCGACAUCCAUGUGGCACAGAAACGCUUUCCCAACCGAAAGAUGGUGCGUCCCAGUCUUCCGCUCCAUUCUGGGUUGUACAAGAGUUGGAACCGGAAUAUCCCUGUCUUGAUCCUGGACGAGUCACACGACGCCCACGACGAAAGCACUCUGCUCAACGCUGCUGUGCGUUCGCUCGAGUAUCACCACGCCUUCUUGCUUUCUGGGACACCCAUGAAGAGUUCCUGGCAGGAUCUAGCUGGCCAGUCCAUGAUACUUCCUGGUAGCCCGAUCCAGAACAUGGAGAAGUUUGACGAGAUCUUCAAGUCGGCCCAAUCAACCUCUGUCGAUGGCAAAGGAUCGAUGCCGGCAGGUGUCAUCUGGAACAUGUUCUCACGCUACUUCAUGGGUCAAAUCGUCAGCCGUCCUAGAUCAGUCCCGACCAUUCCUGACUGUAUAAUGCAAGUCACAGUGCCCUCCAAGCCACAAGAUCGUCUCAUGUACCUAAAGAUCACCUUUCUGGUGCUGGAAGGAAAGAAGCUCAUCAAGGGCCCAAAGACCGUCAGCCGUGGAUUGGCAAUCCUCAAAAAGGCAUAA